GUCAACAUCUCUUGAUUGAAUGAGACGGAAUUCCCUCGUCUAUCUGGAGCUCACCAUGAUAUAGCAGACCUGUGGCUAGCCUACUUCACCUUUUGCCAAUCCGAACAGCCUUCCACCGAACACUGUCUUUCAGCCAUCAACGCUUGUAUUACACAAUGCCUAUCUCUCCUCUGAACAUCCUUUCAACUGAGGCUGCUGUCCUCGAUAACGUGACGUCCCUCAUCGCAUUACUCGGCUACAUUGUUAGCAAGGUGCGAGAGGUGCGCGGAUUCCGCAAGGAUUGCCAGGAACUCACGAAUACUUGUAUUGCGCUUUCUCUCACUUACCUAGACAAUAAGAAGGCGCUCGAAGACGCAAAAUUGAAGAGCGAAUUUGACGACUGUCUGAAGGAGGUCUAUAGCCUUGUGAUGCAAUGUCGAGAAUGGAAUAUUGCGCACAUCGCGUUGGAUGUUACUAUAAAGCACAGAUUUACGUCGAUGAAAGCAAAGCUGGAUAAUAUCCGUAAGGCUUUCGAAUUGGAGAUUCUGAUGGCGCUUAAGGGAGCCUCGUCGGAGGCUGCUGACGCUCUUCGCUCACUAGCGACGGAAAUGAAUGAAAUGCGAGAUGCCAGGGAAGAGGAUGGAAAGGAUAGGAAAGCCAUGCUGGAGAAACUUCGCCAGCUUCAGGACGACGUGUCAGAGUCGCGCCGCAACAUCUUGUCUCUGAAGCCGCUCCCAAAUACGACUCUGAAUAUAGUCUCAGUGCCUGACCCAAGUAUCUUUGUGUCGAAGGAGUCCGCCGACGGGAAGCCUAUAAAAGGAACGUUCAAAGGCUCUCAAAUCUCCUUCCAUGAAGUCAUCGAUAAGAGAGGGGUAUCGGAUGGGCUCCCUCGAGUGGUCAAGCUGUAUCGAGAUAUGACGGAGAUAGCACAAAUCCAGACGCUGUACGGUAUUGUUGAGAUAGAUGGAUCCCUUUAUGCUGCCAUGGAAGACAUGGCACAGCACAUGAGCUUCGCGGAUGCUUUGGAGACGGGCUUCAUUGCCAAGCUGAGCCGCCUACAGAAACUCCAGAUCGGGCACGAGAUAGCGGCUACUCUCUCAGCUCUUCAUAGGGCUGAAAUUAUUGUCAAGGUCAUGUCCGACGUCACGACUCACCUUGAAACCAUGCCCGACGGCUCAAUAAGGGCAAAGCUUUCCGGAUUGCGAAGUGCUCGAAGAAUAUGGGAGACAACAACUCGCGACGUACAGGAUCCAAGGUUCGAAGCUCCGGAAACGGAGAAAGUGGGAUCACGGUCUCCCAUGUCAGAUGUUUGGGCGCUAGGCACCAUUCUCCAUAUGCUCUUUCUUACGGAAUUUCCCUUUAGCAAGAAAGUGGACCAAGCAAAGCCAGACGACAAGACGGCGCGGCGCGAGAUCAAAGAUCUUCUCCAGGCAAAGAAGGGACCUUUCACCAGUUACCCUUUGCCUAUGCCAAAAGAGACUGAGCUGGCUCGGGAAUGUCUUCGGUCAGAUCCGUUCCUCAGACCACCGGCUUCCUGGGUCGCCCAGCAAAUGUUCGAAGUCUUGAUCAGUGUUGCGGCCGAAGAUAAUCCUAAUCUUCCUCUGGCAGUCCCGAUGCCAAGAGCAUCCAACGAUAUGGAGAAGUCGAGCAUGGAUGAACUGGUAAAGCGGAUUCAUUUAGUGGCGCGAGAAGCCAAAACCAAAAAAAACAGAUAUUCGGAAGUUUGCGCAAGUCGAGAUAAGCAAGUUGAUACGAGCGGCCGAAGGAAUCAAUCCGGUAUACGCCUACACUGUGGGCUUAGCCUAUCUUCGCGAUCUUGUCGAGCUUAGUAGUGAUGAUCAACCAUCGCCUGGAUUUGUACCAGGUGAAGUCCGACGUGCGAAGCUAGCCCUGCCGUACCUUGACAUGGCCCAACAACAAGGGCAUGUCGGUGCGAUCAAAG